AUGCAACUGCCCGUGGGCGUCGAAGACGCGAUCUCGCGCGUGCUCCCGUCCGAGGACGUGCUCGACCGCGCCGAGUUUGACUGCGUCGAGUUCAUCAACCGCAACUUCCCCGACGAGUCGUCGCUUGCCGACAUCGAGCCCUUUGUGAGCCGCCUCAACGGGCGCAUGAAGGAGCUCGACGAGAACCUCUCGCACGCAUCCCAGGAGCAGUCGCUGGCCGCGCACCAGGCGCUGGCCGACCUCAAGGAGGCGCAGAAGGCAGUCUCGCAGCUCUAUACCAAGAUCUACGACAUUCGCGGCAAGGCCGAGCAGUCCGAGGUCAUGGUGCAAGAGAUCUGCCGCGACAUCAAGCAGCUCGACUACGCCAAGCGCCAUCUACAGACAUCGAUCACGGCGCUAAAGCGUCUGCACAUGCUCGUGACGGCGGUCGACCAGCUCGAGUACAUGGCGUCGCAGCGGCUCUACAAGGAAGCCGCGAGUCUCAUGGAAGCCGUCAACAGCCUCUUUACGCACUUUGAGGGCUACACCAAGGUGAGCAAGAUCAUGGAGCUGCAAAAGUCGGUCAAUGCGAUCCGGCUCGACCUCGAGACGCAGAUCUUUGGCGACUUCCAGGUCAUUGGACCCCUCGCGUCCGUCGACACGAUCGCCAAGGACGAGGCCGAGAUGCAGCACAUGUUCAAGAACCUCACGACCGCGUGCGCUGUCGUGUCGGCGCUCGGGCACGAGACGCGCGCCAAGCUCGUCACGACCUUCUGCACGGAGCAGCUCGUGCCAUACGAGAAGGAGUUUGGCGGCAAGGCCCACGCCGGUGGCCUCGGCAACAUUGAUGCGCGCUUUGCGUGGUUCUUCCAGCUCAUCGCGGCCAUCGAGACGCGCAUGGAGGCCAUCUUCCCCGUGCACUGGCAAAUGAGUCGCCGCCUUUGCCUCUUCUUUUGCGAACGCACGCGCGUGCACCUCUUGUCGCAGCUCGGCGCCGUCGGCUCGGACGAGCUCGAUGUCACGUCGCUCCUCAAGGCGCUUCAAAAAGCACUGCUCUUUGAGCGCGAAGUCGUCCAGCGCUACGAGGGCGAGGCCGACGAGAGCCGCCCCGAGCUCAACGAGAAGGGUCAGCUCAUCGACCCGGCGUCCGCUGAGGGGAUCAAGCGCCGGCUGUUGCGGCAGAAGCGCGUCGCCGAGCAAAAGGCCAUCCGUGCCGAGCUCCAGAAGAAGGCGACGAACGAAGAGCACAUGGGCGUGGGCCACGAGCACGAAGAGACGAUUCCGUCGCUCCAAGGCGUGCUCUCGCGAACCUUUGAUCCGUACAUGACGGCGUACGUUGCACUCGAGCGUAAAAACAUGGAAGCGAUGCUCCACGAGGUCAUGGGAUCGGAGCUCGUCGACCGCAACGGCGCAUUGCCCGUCUUUUCGUCGUCGGUCAACAUGUUUGCGUACAUUCGCAACAGCGUCAAGCGCUGUACGGCGCUCACGAACGGCCAAACCUUCUUUGAUUUGCAUCUCGAGUUCAAGCACUGCGUCUCGCUGUACGCGCAGCGCCUGCUCGCCAAGUUGCCGGCGUUCGCGGUCAGCGACACGGCGUCGGCGACUGCGGCCCGCUGGCGUCUCGCCGACAAGCAAGAGGAAGAGCUCUGUUUUGUCAUCAACACGGCCGAGUACUGCGCUGAAACUCUCCCGUCGCUUGAAGACGUGAUCCGCGCCAAGAUUGACCCGGCGUACACGGACGCGAUCGAGCUCGCCAAGGAGACGGACACGUGCCACGACGUGGCGACCGCGGCCAUGAAGUGCAUCGUCCUCGGCCUCGACAACCUCCUCGACGACGAGUGGAGCAACAUGCAGCGCGUGAAUUGGGCCUCGUUUGAAAACGUCGGCGACGAGAGCGCGUACGUCAUGGCGAUCGCGGACAAGCUCCGGCCGUUCGUCCCGACGCUCCACAGCAUGCUCUCGGGCUUGUAUUUUACCAACUUUUGCGACAAGCUCGCGGCGGCGGUCGUGCCCAAGGUGCUUGGCAGCAUCCUAAAGUGCAAGCGGGUGAGCGCCGUCGCGACGCAACAACUCUUGCUCGAUGUGCAUGCGCUCAAGAUGCUCUUUUUGAACCUCCCGGCCAUGGGCCGCGAAGGCGAAGUCGGUGGCGUCACAGUGCCCGCGCGCUACGCAAAGUUUGUCAACGCGGAAAUGGCGCACGUCGAGGCGGUGCUCAAGCUCAUUGGGACGCCGACCGAGAUGCUCGUCGAGAGCUUCAAGAUCAUGUGGCCCGACGGCAACGCGGCCGACUUUCAGGCCAUCUUGAACAUGAAGGGGCUCAAGAAGGCCGACCAGCUGGUGCUCUUGGAGCAGCUCGGACUCCAGGCCGCGGUCCCCAAGCAGCGCAGCAUGGCAGGUGUCGAAGAAAAAGUGACCGACAUGACGGAAAGCUUGAAGACCAACAUGCAGAAAAUGGCGAAAGCGACCAACCCUUUCAACUACAUGGGCUCGACCACAACACAGUAG